CCGCCUUCUCCAUCCGAAGUCAGACGCCAGAAGCGAGAGGAGAGAGACUCCAGGUACCGGCAGCGCCAAGCGGGCAUCUCUCUCUCUCUUUUCCUCGGGACCCAAUGGACGGGAUGAACAAGCGCAAAGCCGCCUUCUUGCUCUUGCAGGUCGCCUUGCAGCUCUGCCCGGGCUUCUCCACUCCGCCCGCAGCCCCUCAAGUUUUUGAUCUUCUUUCUACACCCAACCAGAAGCUAGUAAAAACUUUCCUGCAACAGGCACUGUCCGAUCCUACAUUGAAUGAAGUAUAUGUGCUCUCGACGUUCAAACUGCAACCCAAAAGCACAGCUGUGAUAUUUGGGCUAUAUUCCCCUACUGAAAACAGAAAAUACUUUGAAUUUACAGUAAUGGGACGGGUGAAUAAAGUUUCCCUCAGAUAUUUACGGAACGAUGGGAAAUUACAUGCUGUGAUCUUCAACAAUGUUCCAUUAGCUGAUGGGAAACGGCACACGGUUCUCCUCCGGCUUAGUGGCCUCCAACGUGGCCACAGCAAAGCAGAAUUGUAUGUGGACUGUGCACAGCUAGAUUCCACUCAAGAACUUUCGAAAGCCUUCUCAGGGUUGUCUCAAAGCUCAGAACCUGUGGAAUUACGGACACUGCAGAGAAAAGUGCAGGAUGCUUUGGAAGAAUUGAAGCUAGUAAUAAGAGGGUCACUAUCUCAAGUGGCAGGCCUGCAAGAUUGCUUUCUUCCACAAAUUGAACCAGCAGUACAAUAUCAAGGUGUUUCUACGGGUGACUUUAACAGGCAGUUAUUAGGCCACAUGAUGCAAAUGAAUCAAAUACUGGGUGACGUGAAAGAUCUUCUCAGGCAACAGGUUAAAGAGACAACGUUUCUGAGAAAUACAAUAGCAGAAUGCCAGGCAUGUGGACUUGGAGCUGGAAACUUUCCCACUCCUCCACCGCUGCCUCCUAAGCCCAAGUGUGAAGUCAGCACUUGCUUCCGAGGGGUGCGAUGCACAGACACAGCAGAUGGGUUUCAGUGUGGACCUUGUCCCGAAGGGUUCACUGGAAAUGGAAUUGUUUGCACUGAUAUUGAUGAGUGUCGAUAUAAUCCAUGCUUCCCGGGAGUGAGAUGUGUGAACAUGGCUCCUGGUUUCCGAUGUGAAGCCUGCCCACCGGGAUACACUGGGCAGAUUAUUCAAAGUGUAGGAAUAAACUCUGCAAAAAAUAACAAACAGGUUUGCAUGGACAUAGAUGAAUGUCAGAAGAAUGGAAAUGGAGGUUGUGUUGCAAAUUCCCUCUGUAUAAAUACCGUGGGGUCCUAUCGCUGUGGAGCUUGCAGGCCGGGAUUUAUUGGAGACCAAGUCAGGGGUUGCAGAGCUGAGCAAAGCUGUAAAAAUCUGGCCCUAAACCCUUGCAGUAUCCAUGCCCAAUGUACUGAAGUAAGGCAAGGAGACAUCUCAUGUAUUUGUGGCAUCGGCUGGGCUGGUGAUGGCUUUGUGUGUGGAAAAGAUGUUGAUAUUGAUGGCUAUCCUGAUGAAGAACUCCCCUGCUCACUUGAAACUUGCAAAAGGGACAACUGCAAAUAUGUUCCAAACUCUGGACAAGAAGAUGCAGAUGGAGAUGGAGCAGGAGAUUCUUGUGAUGAUGAUGCAGAUGGAGAUGGUAUUCCAAACGAACAGGAUAAUUGUGUGCUUGCUUCUAAUGUUAACCAGAGAAAUAGUGACCAAGAUAUCUUUGGUGAUGCUUGUGACAAUUGUCGCAUGGCCUUGAACAAUGAUCAGAGAGACACUGAUGGAGAUGGCAAAGGAGAUGCUUGUGAUGAUGACAUGGAUGGAGAUGGCAUUAAGAAUGUUUUGGAUAACUGUCAAAGAGUUCCCAACCCAGAACAGAAGGACAGAGAUAAUGAUGGCGUUGGUGAUGCCUGCGAUAGUUGCCCAGAUAUUAGCAACCCUAAUCAGUCAGAUGUUGAUAAUGACCUUGUAGGGGAUUCCUGUGACACCAACCAAGACAGUGAUGGGGAUGGGCAUCAGGACAGCACGGACAACUGCCCUACGGUCAUUAACAGCUCCCAGCUAGAUACAGAUAAAGAUGGGAUAGGUGAUGAAUGUGAUGAUGAUGAUGACAAUGAUGGGAUUCCAGAUUUUGUCCCACCUGGUCCAGAUAAUUGCCGGCUGGUUCCUAACCCAGGGCAGGAAGAUGACAACAGUGAUGGAGUAGGUGACAUCUGUGAAGCAGAUUUUGAUCACGACACUGUGAUCGACCGGAUUGAUGUCUGUCCCCACAAUGCAGAGAUCACCCUGACUGAUUUCCGAGCUUAUCAGACAGUUGUCCUUGAUCCAGAAGGUGAUGCUCAGAUUGAUCCAAACUGGGUGGUUCUGAACCAGGGUAUGGAGAUUGUACAAACCAUGAACAGUGAUCCUGGGCUUGCUGUAGGUUAUACAGCUUUCAAUGGAGUUGACUUUGAAGGCACUUUCCAUGUAAACACGGUGACAGACGAUGACUAUGCUGGCUUCAUCUUUGGUUACCAAGACAGCUCCAGUUUUUAUGUAGUGAUGUGGAAACAGACUGAGCAGACGUAUUGGCAAGCAACUCCAUUCAGAGCUGUUGCAGAGCCUGGAAUUCAACUCAAGGCUGUCAAAUCAAAGACCGGGCCUGGAGAACACCUUAGAAACUCCCUUUGGCACACUGGCGACACUAAUGACCAAGUCAGAUUAUUGUGGAAAGACCCUCGAAAUGUUGGCUGGAAAGAUAAAGUUUCCUACCGCUGGUUCCUCCAGCACAGACCCCAGGUUGGAUAUAUUAGGGCAAGGUUUUAUGAAGGCUCUGACCUGGUGGCAGACUCUGGAGUGACCAUAGACACGACCAUGCGUGGAGGGAGACUCGGCGUUUUCUGCUUCUCUCAGGAAAACAUUAUUUGGUCGAAUCUGAAGUAUCGUUGCAAUGAUACCAUCCCAGAGGACUUCCAGGAAUUUCAGGCUCAACAGUAUACAGUUGGAGAUAUUUAAGAAAUACUGGGAAUCCAAGUGGCUAUGGCAAACAAUAAAGCAGUAUAUAUUAAAUUCGCAAAUGAUUUUCUUUUGGUGCAAGCCCACACUCCAUUUGUUCUGAUUGGUAUAAAAUUGACAUACCAUUUUAUAUAUAAAUGUGAAAAAUAAAAAAGAUUAAUUAGG